UUGAUUUCUGGUCCAAAUUUUUGGUUUUGGUCGACGACUGUGGUUGCUCUUAGAAAAUUGAGGCAAGAAGAAGAAAAUGGUGAGAAUAAUAAGACAAUCACUGAGUGCAUGUAGAUCUUUACUAAGAUCAACUAUGAAAUCAUUCAAAGGAGAUACAUUAAUGUCGACUAAAUCAGCUUCUCAAGUACCAAACAAAUUUGAUGAGAAUCAAAAUGUGAAAUCAGAUACAGAGAUUCAGAAGAUGAUUAUCGGUGAUGCACAUCAACCUUCUUCAACUACGAUUUCUCAAGCUAUUCUUCGCCCUCAAAGAGACUAUGGUAAACUUUAUGAGGUUUUAUCAAAGUGGUUGGUUUCGUUGACAUUUUCCGGAGUGCACAAGCAUUAAGUUGAAUUUUCUCACUGAAAUUCAGUCCAAUCUAUAUAUACUGUGCCUUCUUUACCUCAUCGACCCACAGCUUAAUGUACUUUCAAAGACAGCUAACUCAUUUUUCUCUCUACCUCUUCUUUCUUUCUUUCUUUCCGUCCCAGCUUUGUCAUGGAUGUUCUUAGUAACUUGUUCAUGGCUACUCUAUCAUCAUACCUGGUUUUCUGCUUAUUGAACACACAUAUUUUCUUAAUGUCUAGUCUCUAGUAGUUAUGGUGAGCUUCAGAGAUUUAAACAUCCAAUGAAGGAAGAUGGUUCACUUAGUUUCUUGGUGGUUGGAGAUUGGGGAAGAAGAGGUUCAUAUAACCAGUGUCAUGUUGCUCAUCAGAUGGGGAGGAUUGGGGAAAAGCUAGACAUAGAUUUUGUGAUCUCUACCGGGGAUAACUUCUACACCGAUGGAUUGAAGGCUGUCGAUGAUCCUGCAUUCCAAGAAUCGUUUGUAAACAUCUAUACAGCUCCAAGCUUGCAAAAGCAGUGGUAUAACGUUUUGGGGAACCACGACUAUAGAGGUGAUGUAGAAGCACAAUUGUCACCUUUACUUCGGCAACGCGAUAGCAGAUGGUUUUGCUUAAGAUCAUAUGUACUAGACGCAGAAAUCGUGGAUUUUAUCUUCGUUGAUACAACACCUUUUGUGGAAAAGUACUUCACUGAACCUAAAGAACAUACAUAUGAUUGGAGAGGCGUGAUACCGCGAAGAAAAUACAUCACAAAACACCUAGAAGAAGUAGAUAUUGCUCUCAAAGAAACGGAUGCAAGGUGGAAAAUUGUAGUUGGCCAUCAUACAUUGAGAAGUGCUGGACACCAUCGUGAUACCGAGGAACUUGCAGAACAACUUAUUCCAAUUCUUGAGGAAAAUAAGGUGGAUCUUUACGUUAAUGGGCAUGAUCAUUGCUUACAACACAUCACCUGUACAAAAAGGGGUGAGAGAAUAGAAUUUGUAACAAGUGGAGGGGGUUCAAAGGCGUGGAAAAAUGAUUUUAUCGAAGAGAAAGAAGGUUUGAAUUUCUACCAUGAUGGUCAAGGUUUUGUUUCCAUGGGACUCACACAAACUGUUGCUAAGAUCGUAUUUUAUGAUGUGUUUGGACAAGUGGUGCAUCAUUUUAAUAUGUACAAAGAACAGCAACUGCAUUCGUUCGGUUAAAUAAUUGUGUGCACAGUUUCAGGGUAGUCAACUUAUCAGCUAGACAAGCUUGUGAAAGAGGUCGUGGGUUAGCAAGAGGUGGGGUGAAAGUGCAUAGUAAGCCUCCCUUUUUGUUGGCAUGUUAAAAAGUUAAAAAAAGUUGGGACAAGCGGUGCCCUAAACCCAUGAUCUACAAUAGGGCAGGCUCAAGCCAAUGAUAUCCUUUUUGUAAGUCGUAAAAAUUACAACUUACAAAAAUUAGAAUUGGAAAACUAAAUUCAAAUCCAUGACUGGUGAAAAUGCAUGUUUUUCAGAAUGCAAGAAUAUCCUGCAAGAUGUUAUUUACUGUAAUAAGUUCAGAGAGCAAGUGCAAAGCAGACAGGUUAUUCAAAACGGAGCCAAUGAAAUGGCCGU